GUCCUUUCUUGGAAUGAACUCCCCACACACGUCUGCCUGCGUUCUCUUCCAACAACUUCACCAUCUCGCAGUUAAAGCGCAAUCGCUAACUGCAACGGACUUUUGUACAGUCGCGGAUUCUUCGCUAUCUCGGUGAACGAGCUGAAGACGCGUCCGAAAGAUAAUUGGCCGGCAGUCGAGCCAUUGCCAGCUGCUGAGCGCGACUUCUUCCUUUGCGUGUGAGUUUCACGAUCGCAAUCACAUCACCACCAUGAGCACAUCAAAUGCUCUCGGCGCAGGCGACGCAAGCCUACCGGACAACAUGGACAUCGACACUCCAGAUUACACAGAUUCCGAGUCGAACCCAACCGGGACUGUCAACAGUAUUGCUGGGGAUGCAUCAAAUCCGGAUGGUCGUAAACGAAGAUGGGAAGGCAAUGCACUGCGGAAAAGCAUCAUUGGCAAAAAGCAUGAUCGCUUGGGAGAAAGCAAAGAGGAUGAUUCAAUCCGACGGUUUCGAUACCUGUUAGGCUUGACUGACCUGUUUCGUCACUUUAUUGACACGAAUCCCAACCCCAAAAUUCGCGACAUCAUGGCCGAGAUCGACCGUCAAGACCAGGGGGAGGAGACCACAGCUGCUGGAAAUAAAAGAAAAGGCGGUGCGGGAGGAGAGAGGCGGAGACGUACAGAGAAAGAAGAAGACGCGGAUCUCAUUCGACAGGGCAAACAAGAAGGCGAACAGGCACAGACAAUCUUCCGGGAAAGCCCAAGCUAUAUCCAAGGUCAAAUGCGAGACUACCAGGUGGCUGGUCUCAAUUGGCUGAUCAGUCUUCAUGAGAAUGGUAUUUCAGGCAUUCUCGCUGAUGAAAUGGGUUUGGGGAAGACCUUACAAACCAUUUCUUUCAUUGGAUAUCUGCGAUUCGUUCAAGAAAUCACCGGUCCUCAUCUCGUGGUCGUGCCCAAGUCAACACUUGACAACUGGAAGCGCGAGUUUGCCAGAUGGAUUCCGGAGAUCAACGUGCUUGUGCUUCAGGGUGCAAAGGAAGAACGUCACCAGCUGAUCAACGAGCGGUUGGUGGACGAAAAAUUUGACGUCUGCAUCACGUCGUAUGAGAUGAUCCUUCGGGAAAAGAGCCAUCUCAAGAAGUUCGCAUGGGAAUACAUCAUCAUUGACGAGGCACAUCGUAUCAAGAACGAAGAAUCGUCGCUCGCACAGAUUAUUCGAAUAUUCAACUCGCGUAAUCGCUUGCUCAUCACCGGAACACCAUUACAAAACAAUCUGCACGAACUGUGGGCUCUGCUGAAUUUCCUGCUGCCUGAUGUCUUUGGUGAUGCCGAGGCAUUUGAUCAGUGGUUUAGUGCUCAGGAUGCGGAUCAGGAUACUGUCGUUUCACAAUUGCACCGCGUCUUACGACCUUUCCUGCUUCGUCGUGUCAAGGCCGAUGUCGAAAAGAGUCUGCUACCGAAGAAGGAGAUCAACCUCUACGUUGGCAUGAGCGACAUGCAAAUCAAAUGGUACAAGAACAUCCUGGAAAAGGAUAUCGAUGCUGUCAACGGCGCCAACGGCAAGAAGGAGAGCAAGACUCGGUUGUUGAACAUUGUCAUGCAAUUGCGAAAGUGCUGCAACCAUCCAUACCUGUUCGAUGGUGCCGAGCCGGGACCGCCAUACACGACCGAUGAACAUCUCAUUGACAACUCUGCCAAAAUGGUCAUGCUCGAUAACCUGCUUAAGCGCAUGAAAGCCCAAGGGAGUCGUGUGCUGAUUUUCUCUCAAAUGUCUCGCGUGUUGGAUAUCAUGGAGGAUUACUCGGUAUUCCGCGGCUACCAGUACUGCCGUAUUGAUGGUUCCACGGCGCAUGAGGACCGCAUUGCAGCCAUUGACGAUUACAACAAAGAGGGUUCCGAGAAGUUCUUGUUCUUGCUCACAACUCGUGCCGGUGGUCUGGGUAUCAAUUUGACCACAGCCGACAUUGUGGUUCUUUUUGAUUCCGAUUGGAACCCACAGGCCGAUUUGCAAGCCAUGGAUCGUGCCCAUCGAAUCGGUCAGAAGAAACAGGUCAUGGUUUUCCGUUUUGUCACAGAGAACGCCAUUGAAGAAAAGGUGCUGGAGCGUGCAGCUCAGAAACUUCGUCUUGAUCAACUAGUCAUUCAACAAGGUCGCGCUCAGCAGCAGGCCAAGCAGAACUCUUCCAAGGAUGAAUUGCUCGGCAUGAUUCAGCAUGGAGCAGAGACAAUCUUCGAAGCCAAAGAGGGCACCAAAGUGACGGACCUCUCAGAUGGUGGUUUUGAUGAGAUCCUCAAGCGAAGUGAGGAGCGCACCAAAGAGAUGAAUUCGAAGUACGAGAAACUUGGUCUAGAUGACUUACAAAAGUUCACCUCCGAGGCCGGUGCAGCGUAUGAGUGGAACGGUGAGAGUUUCAUCAACAAGAAGAAAGAGAUUGGUCUCAGCUGGAUCAAUCCAGCCAAACGUGAGCGUAAGGAGCAAUCCUAUUCAAUGGACAAGUACUACCGAAACGCGCUCAUGACUGGUGGACCUCGGCCGGACCCCAAGCCCAAAGUUCCACGAGCUCCUCGACAGAUGGCCAUGCACGAUUACCAAUUCUUCUCUCCUAGGCUCGGUGAUCUGCAGGAGAGGGAGACUGCAUGGUUCAGAAAGGAGAACGGUAUCAAAGCACCGUUGGCAGAUGGAGAUGAGGAUACCCUCGAGCAACGCCAGCAGGACCAAGAAUUAGAGCAGAGUACCAUUGAUCAGGCCGAGCCCUUGACUGAAGAAGAGAUCGCAGAGAAGGAGCAGCUUGGCGAAGGUGGUUUUGGCGAGUGGAACAAACGUGACUUCCAACAAUUCAUCAACGGCAGCGCCAAAUACGGCCGAAAUGACUACGAAGGCAUCGCGACUGAAGUUGAUUCGAAGGAUGCCAAAGAAGUCAAGGAAUACGCCAAGGUAUUCUGGAAACGCUACAAGGAGAUUGCAAACCAUGAAAAGCACAUCGCGGCCAUCAAGGAUGGCGAGCAGAAAGCCGCUCGGGUCAUCGAGCAGCGCGAUUUGCUCAAGAAGAAAAUGGCCAUGUACCGGGUCCCUCUGCAACAAUUGAAGCUCAACUACACCGUCAGCACCACGAACAAGAAGGUCUAUACUGAAGAGGAAGACCGUUUCCUGCUGGUCAUGCUCAACAAACACGGCCUCGACACGGAAGGCCUGUACGAGAAGAUCCGCGACGAAAUCCGUGAGAGCCCACUCUUCCGCUUCGACUGGUUCUUCCUCUCGCGUACCCCUCAGGAACUCAGUCGACGUGGUGCGACUCUCAUCACUACUGUCACACGUGAAAUGGAAGGCGGCAAAGAGAACGGCAAGGAGAACGGCAAACGCGCACACGAGGAGGAGGAAGAGGAAGAGGAAGACAAGGACGGAGCUGCGAAAAAGAAAGGCCGCGUUUCUAUCGGAACCGCAAAGAACAAGGCCGUGAAUGGCGUCAAGGGCACCCCCAAUGGCAACUCUCGCGCCGCGAGCGUCGAUACCAAUGCUUCGGGCGGUGGCGGCAAGGCGAAGGGCAAGAAAGGCAAGAAAUGAGCCUCUCACGCCUGAGGACCCAACUUUUCCGUUUUCUCCGGAACAGGAUUAUUUUUUCUUCAGGGCAAGGGAUUUUUCCAGGGGAACAGGCGGUGUUUUCCCUCAAGCGGAGAGGAGAGAGGCACUAAUUAAUCCUCCGGAAUCGUGAGGAAUGGCCCUAUUUGCAAGUGCAAGCCUCAUUGUCAGCGUUGCAUCAAGUACGAUUGUUUUUUUCUUCGAUGUCAUCAUUUUAUGACAACAAUCGUCUGUGGGAACAGAGAUCAUUUCUCAGUGUUCGGGUCGUCAUCAAACGUUGAUCUUUCCUUCUGCACUCUCUCGAGCUUCGAUCCGCAUCUGUGUAGAUAAAUGGAUGUGCUGCUAGCGAAAAUACCGAUUUGGGCACAACCUUUUCGAUGACGGCGUGCCUUCAUCAUCCAUGAGAUUUGAGAGUUCUUGCCUUUCUCUUUCCAUA